UCAGAGUUCGGUCGAUGCGAAACUUGACAUCUGCGCGUUCCUGCGUUCCGUGUUUUUCGAUUUCAUGUACCUUUAAAUCUAUAACACUUUAUUCUCUAUAAUAUUGUUAUUAUAAACGAUGUCGUCUAAUGUUAACGAUCAAUUAUCGUCCUCCUGUUGGAAAUGACAUAAAAAGACUCUCGCGUUGUUCAUCAUUCAUUAAUGUUGGGAGUGCGAAGUGAUGUGCGGCGCGGUCUCUGUGCGAUCGUCUCUGAAGUGAUUCUUUAUAAAAUGUUUCAGCUUAAAUUUUGAUUUGAUCGUUGUAUGAAUUAAAUAACAAAAAAAAAAAACAAAAAUGAAAACGGAAAAACAAUCACCGACGCCGAUUCCUGCGGUGACCAAGAACAUACCAGCAAUGGAUCUAAAUUAUUCUGAUUAUAAGGACGACGUAAGUCGAGAACCGAUUGUAGAGGAAGUGGAACCGGAAAGAGGGAAUUGGACAGGACGUUUCGAUUUCCUCCUAUCUCUUCUAGGUUAUAGCGUGGGGUUGGGCAACGUCUGGAGAUUUCCCUACCUCUGCUAUAAUAACGGAGGAGGUGCCUUUCUGAUUCCUUUCACCGUGAUGCUGAUAAUAGCUGGUCUUCCUCUUAUGUUCAUGGAGCUGUCUUUCGGACAAUACGCUGCAUUGGGGCCGGUAGCUGUUUACAAUAGAUUCUGCCCACUUUUCAGAGGAUUGGGCUAUGGGAUGGUCAUAGUAUCAAGUAUAGUUAUGUUAUACUAUAACCUGAUCAUUGCUUGGACUAUCUAUUACAUGGUGGUGUCGUUUACAAGCAUUUUUUACCAAUUGCCGUGGCAGAACUGCGACGCUGAUUGGAGCACUAAAUAUUGUUAUUCAUACGAAGAAGCAGACAUAUGCGAGGCGAGCAAUGGCACGUACUAUCUGAGACAAUGUGUGAAUCAAAGCUAUGCCAUUGUUAAUAAUAUCAUUGCUCUAGCUGAUACAGCAGUAAGAAAGCCCCCUGCUGAGGAAUAUUUUACUAAUCAAGUGCUUGGACUUUCAUCUGGCAUUGAAGAAACAGGUCAAAUCCGCUGGGGUAUGGCUGCUUGUCUAUUCGCUGCGUGGCUUAUUGUAUUUCUUUGCUUAUGCAAAGGUGUACAGUCUUCGGGAAAGGUCGUCUAUUUUACAGCGUUGUUUCCUUACGUGGUUUUGGUGAUUUUAUUUUUUCGUGGUGUUACUCUGCCUGGAGCGUCGACGGGUAUACUGUUUUAUCUUACACCAGACUUUAGCCAACUUGCAAAUGCUCAGGUGUGGGGCGAUGCAGCAGUGCAGAUAUUUUUUGCAUUGAGUCCAGCUUGGGGAGGACUAAUUACUUUAUCCUCCUACAAUAAAUUCUCAAACAAUUGCUACAUUGAUUCUCUCAUAGUUGCUGUCUCUAACAUUGCAACGUCGUUCUUCGCUGGGUUGGUGAUUUUCUCCGUUAUUGGAUUUUUGGCUCAUGAGCUUGAGGUAGAAGUUGACCGUGUGGUAGACCAGGGCGCUGGACUGGCAUUUAUUGUAUACCCGGAGGUGGUUACAAGAUUACCAGUAUCACCUUUAUGGUCCAUACUUUUCUUCGUUAUGCUUCUGACAUUGGGACUUGAUUCUCAGUUUGCUCUCAUGGAGACUGUAACAACAGCUAUUUUGGAUCGAUUUCCAAAAUUUCGACAGAAGAAGACAUGGGUAGUGCUAGCAGUGGCUGUGUUCGGUUAUUUGGGUGGCUUGAUUUUCACGACAAAUAGUGGUAUGUAUUGGUUACAAUUGAUGGACAAAUACGCAGCGAAUUGGUCGGUUCUGAUCAUAGCUAUUGGAGAGUGCAUUUUGAUUGCUUGGAUAUAUGGAGCUGAAAAGUUCUGCAUCGAUAUACAAACGAUGAUUGGUAGGCAGUCGAGGCUUUGGGUGGUGUUCUGGAGUGCCAUGUGGAGGAUUAUUACGCCAGCAGCCUUAGUUUUUAUUUUGGUGUUUAAUUGGAUUGAGUACAAGCCAGCUUCUUAUGGUCAUUACGUAUACCCAAUGUGGGCGGACGCGGUGGGUUGGACACUGGGAGUGUUGCCUAUAGUCGUCGUAGUACUGAUGGCCGUCAAUCAAAUAUGCAGUGGACCCGACGAUCUUACUAUUAUGGAGAAAGCAAGAGUCCUCGCUCGUCCUACUGAGGAAUGGGGUCCAGCGUCUGCAUCCUGUGCUAGCACUUUCCGCGAGACGGAGCUGUCUCCACCUGUACUGCUGCUUCACGGCAGGCCGGUACUGCGUGAACGAGGAGCAUGACCUCAUGCCCAUCCGCUGCUUGCUAUGCGGAAGACAUCACAGGAUGGUGCAGACUCGACAUCCAUUGGUAGUGGAUUAGAUAACGAACUAAAGAAACCCAGUACAAGCACUAACAAAGUAAAGAAAAAUUCAAUUAAAAGGAAAGUGCCAAACUUCAGCCAUGAUUCAG